CCAUCAAGGUUUUCCCAUUUCUACAGUUCUACUACAGAACAAGACUUCAAAAAUAAAAAGAGGAAAAAAAUGAUUGGUGGGAAUUUGAACUCCCAGACCAGAAUACAAAACUACAAUAACCUUAUCUUUAAGCAUAGAGUUUUAAAUUCAAAUUUUUGUUUAUUGAAUGCGUACAGAGUUGGAAUCUUCACCCAUGAACCCCCCCAAAAAAAAGGUUGAAAUUGAUUAAGUAAAGGGCAGCAGGAGGAUGGGGAGGAGAAUCUUUUUUUCCAGCAUAAGAACAGGGAAGCUAAAGAGCUCUGGUUGAUUCGAAUAGGGUUUUUAUUUUGAUUAAAACGGCCGGCUUGAAUUUGUCUGGGUUGAGGGAAUUUUUCUGGGUGUAGCCAGCCUAUAGCCAUAAGCUUUUUGUCCUGGCAACGACUUUGGAAAGUCAACAGAGAGGCGUCACCUUGUGAACCGGUAGUGGGUGAGGGUUCACCCCCACUGGAGGACACGUCUAUUUAAAUACCACAUCCUGGUUAAUCUUUGGAGACCAUUCUUCUCUCUCUUCGCGUCUUCCUCUUCUUUUUCUCUCUAUCUUCUCACAUUUCGGCAAAUUUUCGAAGUUGCAGUGCAGCCAUGGGAACCCAAGGUCCACCCACCAGUAUAGAUGAAAAAUUAGCAAGGCAGAAGGAGAUCGAUGAUUGGCUGCCCAUUUCUUCCUCCAGGAAUGCAAAAUGGUGGUAUUCAGCAUUCCACAAUGUUACUGCCAUGGUCGGAGCUGGUGUCCUCGGUCUCCCUUACGCCAUGUCCGAGCUUGGAUGGGGUCCUGGUGUGGUGAUAAUGGUGCUAUCAUGGAUCAUUACUCUUUACACACUAUGGCAAAUGGUUGAGAUGCACGAGAUGGUUCCUGGGAAAAGGUUUGACAGAUACCACGAACUGGGUCAGCAUGCCUUCGGCGAGAAGCUCGGCCUCUACAUUGUGGUGCCUCAACAGCUUAUCGUUGAAGUGGGCGUAGACAUAGUGUACAUGGUGACCGGAGGAAAAUCACUGAAGAAAUUCCAUGACACCGUCUGCAGUACCUGCAAACCGAUCAAACUUACCUACUUCAUCAUGAUCUUCGCCUCUGUUCAUUUCGUGCUCUCCCAUCUCCCCAACUUCAACUCCAUCUCUGGUGUUUCUCUUGCAGCUGCAGUCAUGUCCUUGAGUUACUCUACCAUUGCUUGGGGAGCUUCCGUGGAUAAGGGCGUUCAGGACAAUGUGGAGUAUGGCUACAAAGCCAAGUCCACAGCAGGGACUGUCUUCAACUUUUUCAGUGCGUUGGGCGAAGUGGCUUUUGCCUAUGCUGGGCACAAUGUGGUCUUAGAGAUCCAAGCAACCAUACCUUCUACACCUGAGAAGCCAUCUAAGGGACCCAUGUGGAGAGGAGUGAUUGUGGCCUAUAUAGUUGUGGCUUUGUGUUACUUCCCUGUGGCUCUAAUUGGAUACUGGAUGUUUGGGAAUGCGGUGUCAGACAACAUUUUGAUCUCAUUGGAGAACCCUGCAUGGCUUAUUGCUAUGGCCAACAUGUUCGUGGUCAUCCAUGUUAUUGGAAGCUAUCAGAUUUAUGCUAUGCCAGUGUUUGAUAUGAUAGAAACUGUCUUGGUAAAGAAACUGCAUUUCAAACCCAGCACUACCCUUCGGUUCAUCUCUCGGAACAUAUAUGUUGCAUUCACAAUGUUUGUCGGCAUCACAUUCCCGUUCUUUAGUGGCCUUCUGAGUUUCUUUGGAGGAUUUGCUUUUGCGCCUACAACGUACUUUCUGCCUUGCGUAAUGUGGCUCGCCAUUUACAAGCCUAAGAAAUACAGCCUAUCUUGGAUAGCUAACUGGAUCUGCAUUAUUCUGGGACUUUUGUUGAUGAUUUUGGCACCUAUUGGAGCGUUGAGGAACAUCAUACUCGAAGCAAAAACCUAUGAAUUCUACUCUUAAACCAUCCUCCCACGCCAAAAAAAGAAGGGAGUUGUGAAAUCUACAGCAAUUUCCCCCCCACCCCCCUGCAGAGAAACAUUUAUGCAGAUGAUGAUACCCAGUUACAAACAGUGACCAAUGGUUUAUGGUUGAACAGGGGUUGUGCAGUAAUUAUUGGGAACUAAAUAGUUGGCUAAAUACAAAGACAAUUAUAACAAAAUUUCAUAUAGGACUUCACUGUUUUCUCCAUUGCCAUGUUCGUGCUAGUGUUUGUACGUUCUUUUUUGUGUUUGUUUCUGGAAAUGGGUUCCGUUGAUUUUCAUCAGUUUCGAUAUUGAAAUAGGAAUACGUAAAGUUGAUGUUUUGCCUGAGCGGCCACUGUCACUGAAUCACCUUGAAAGCCAUAAAAGACUUUUCUCAUUAGAAGCAGAGCACGAUUGGCAUGUAUCUAUUGUCUGUAUUUGAGACAAAUGAAUAUAUAAGUUUGCCAGUAAAAUACACAACUGGGUCCAGUUUUGAAA